CUAGAACCGACACACGGCGCUGAAGUGAGCGCUCAGAGAGCCGCAGACAGCCAGCGCGACAAGACACGAGCGACGGCGCCGAGCACCGAGAGAAGGAUGCCCUGAGGGAGCUACCUGCGUUCGGCACAGACUGAUCUGAAAGGCAGGAGGAAAUGGGGGUUUUGCUAUUCUUGCUCUUUGUGCUGCUCGGAGAUGACACCAGGCCCGUGAGCCUGGGCGCGCUGGUCCAGGCUCAGUCCAACGAGCGCCGGGUCCUGGCCCACAUCCCUGGAGACAUCAUCAUCGGGGCGCUGUUCUCGGUGCACCACCAGCCGCCGGCAGACAAAGUCCACGAGCGAAAAUGUGGGGCGGUUCGCGAGCAAUACGGCAUCCAGCGCGUGGAGGCCAUGAUGCACACGCUGGACCGCAUCAACGCUGACCCCGACAUCCUGCCCAACAUCACGCUGGGCUGCGAAAUCCGCGACUCCUGCUGGCACUCCGCCGUGGCCCUAGAGCAAAGCAUCGAAUUCAUACGCGACACGCUGGUCUCCGCCGAGGAGGAGGAGAGCAUGUCCAAGUGUGCGGCCGAUGGCGGAGGGACGCCAAUGAGAGGGAAAAAGCCCAUAGUGGGUCUCAUUGGGCCUGGAUCCAGCUCGGUGGCCAUCCAGGUCCAGAACCUUCUCCAACUCUUCAACAUCCCUCAGAUCGCCUACUCGGCCACCAGCAUGGACCUCAGCGACAAGUCCCUGUAUAAGUACUUCAUGAGGGUGGUGCCUUCGGAUGCUCAGCAGGCCAGAGCCAUGGUGGACAUUGUAAAAAGAUACAACUGGACCUAUGUCUCGGCCAUUCACACUGAAGGAAACUAUGGUGAGAGUGGAAUGGAAGCCUUCAAAGAUAUGGCAGCUAAAGAAGGCAUCUGCAUUGCGCAUUCUGAUAAGAUCUACAGCAAUGCUGGGGAACAGAGCUUCGACCGGCUGCUGGAGAAGCUGCGCAGCCACCUGCCCAAAGCCCGCGUGGUGGCAUGCUUCUGCGAGGGCAUGACCGUGCGCGGCAUCCUCAUGGCCAUGAGACGCCGACGUCUGGUGGGCGAGUUCCUUUUGGUGGGCAGUGACGGCUGGGCUGACCGCUAUGACGUAACGGACGGCUACCAGAGAGAAGCGGCUGGCGGCAUCACCAUCAAACUACAGUCUGCCUACGUCACCUGGUUCGAUGACUACUACUUAAACCUGCAGCCAGACACAAAUCACCGUAACCCUUGGUUCCCUGAGUUCUGGCAGCACCGCUUCCAGUGUCGCCUCAAAGGCCACCCACAAGAGAACCCCAAAUACAACCGCACCUGCACCAAAAAGGAGUCUCUCCGGCUGCACUACGCUCAGGACACUAAGAUGGGCUUUGUCAUCAAUGCCAUCUACAGCAUGGCCUACGGCCUGCAAGCCAUGCAGAAAUCACUGUGCCCUGGCUAUAAGGGCCUGUGCGAGGCCAUGAGACCCAUCGAUGGCCGCAAGCUCCUAGAGUUCCUCAUGAGGACCAACUUCACUGGUGUAUCAGGAGAGGUGGUGCUGUUUGAUGAGAACGGGGACUCUCCUGGGAGAUAUGAGAUCAUGAACUUUAAACAGAUGAGUGAGGAAGAUUACAGCUACAUCCAUGUGGGCAGCUGGGAUAACAGAGGGCUGAAGAUGGACGAUGAGGAGAUUUGGGCCAACAGCAGCGCCAUCAUCCGCUCCGUCUGCAGCGACCCCUGUGAGAAAGCUCAGAUUAAGGUCAUCCGGAAAGGCGAGGUGAGCUGCUGCUGGACCUGCACUCCUUGCAAAGAGAACGAGUUUGUGUUUGAUGAGUACACUUGCCGAGCCUGUGAGUUGGGAUCCUGGCCAACCGACGAUCUCACAGGGUGUGAGCCCAUCCCGGUGCAUUAUCUACAGUGGGGGGACCCCGAGCCCAUCGCCGCUGUGGUCUUUGCUUGCCUCGGCCUCCUGGCCACCAUCUUGGUGAUGCUGAUCUUCGUGAGGUUCCAUGAUACGCCUGUGGUGAAGUCUUCCAGUAGGGAGCUUUGCUUCAUCAUCCUGGCUGGUAUCUGCCUGGGCUACCUCUGCACCUUCUGCCUCAUCGCCAAGCCCCAUGUGGUGUACUGCUACCUGCAGAGACUGGGCAUCGGCCUCUCCCCUGCCAUGAGCUACUCUGCUCUGGUCACCAAGACCAACCGCAUUGCCCGGAUCCUGGCUGGCAGCAAGAAGAAGAUCUGCACCAAGAAGCCUCGUUUCAUGAGUGCCUGUGCCCAGUUGGUGAUAGCUUUCAUCCUCAUCCUCCUCCAGCUGGCCAUCAUCGUGGCACUUUUCAUCAUGGAGCCGCCUCAGGUGAUCUACGAUUACCCGUCCAUCCGUGAGGUACACCUUAUCUGCAACACCACCACACUGGGGGUCGUGGCGCCACUGGGCUACAACGGGUUGCUCAUCCUCAGCUGUACCUUCUACGCCUUCAAGACCCGAAAUGUUCCCGCCAACUUCAAUGAAGCCAAGUACAUCGCCUUCACCAUGUACACCACCUGCAUCAUCUGGCUGGCCUUCGUGCCCAUCUACUUCGGCUCCAACUACAAGAUCAUCACCAUGUGCUUUUCGGUCAGUCUCAGUGCCACCACGGCUUUGUGCUGCAUGUUCGCACCAAAGGUCUACAUCAUGCUGGCCAAACCAGAGCGCAAUGUACGCAGCGCGUUCACCACCUCCACAGUAGUGAGGAUGCACGUGGGUGAUGGCAAGUCCGCCUCAGCCGCUAGCCGCUCCAGCAGCUUGGCUAACCUGUGGAGACGCCGUGGCUCAGGAACAGACAAUGUCAGCUCUAAUGGCAAAACGGUUACCUGGGCACAAAACGAGAGAGGCUACCGGCCGAACCUGUGGAAGCGCAUUUCCAUUCACAUCAAGAAAAAGGAGGAGAGCAACCAGACGGCAAUCAUCAAGCCCUUCUCCAAAGGCUGUGAUGCACCUCCAGACACAGGGGUCAAGCUGUCCUACGACAGGCCUCAGAGUGCCCAGCGUUACCCUGUGACCUACCGCCCACGCACGCCUUCUCCCCUGCCCACCGUGUGCCAGCGAGGGCCCGUACAGCGCUGCUGUGAGGACGAGGAAGCUGUUAGAGAACAGAAGAGGGAGGAAUCUGUCAGAGAGCGGCCGCCACCAGUUGUAGCUUUGCCUUCGUACCUGACAGAGAGGUCCCAACGAGGUGGACCUCAACAGACCUCCAUCAUGGACCAAAUCACCAGCGUGGUCAACCGCUUCACGGCCAACAUCAGCGAGCUCAACAGCAUGAUGCUGCCAGCCAGCCCGCCUCCAGGCACGUCCAUCAACGUCUCUGGUCCCAGCUCGCCCACCUUCAGGCUGCUCUCACGGGACAUCCCUCAGCUUUCCACCACAGUGACCACCUACGCAGAAGUGGUGGCUGCAGCCAAUGCCACCCCGCGCUCUGCUGUGGGCAUCACUGGAGGCAUAAUCACCGGUGGGAGUAGCCGGGCAUCCCCUGCUAGUCUCUCUGACAGCAUCUAUGACUCUUCAUCCGCAGUCAGGACCACAGAGCUGGAGGAGCUGGCUGCACUCACGCCUCCGUCCCCAUUCAGGGACUCCUCGGUGGGCUCGGCCAGUGACUCCCCUACUUCACCAGACUCUGAGCUGGCUCUGUGCCAGCCCUGCUCCCCAAAGUACGACCGACUGAUGCUGCGCAAUUACAGCCAGAGCUCUUCCUCGCUGUAAAAACCUCACUUUUCACAA